UGCUAAAACAAACUUAAUCCCCUCGCCCCUCUCGCUCUCUCUCUCUCUAAAUAUAGGAAAUAACAGACUUGGGCUUCGAAGAUGGCGACCCAGAAAGGGAAGAAGACGGUGUUAAAGUUCGACUCUGAAGAAGAUGUAGCAAACGCACUCGCCAAAUACACUGCUGAUUUGUCUGAUAAGUUCAUCAAAGACAAAGGUUCUUUCACUGUUGUGCUCUCUGGAGGCACUCUUAUUGAUUCCAUGAGGAAACUAGUGGAGAAGCCUUACAAAGAUUCAGUUGAUUGGUCGAAAUGGUGGAUUUUUUGGGUGGAUGAGCGGGUAGUUCCUCUGGAUCACGGUGACAGCAAUUACAAACUUGCCUCGGAUGGUUUUCUUUCUAAGGUUCCAAUCCCCUCUUCUAACAUUUAUGCAAUCAAUGACAAGGAGUCACCUGAGGGUGCAGCUACUGAUUACGAGGCUCGUGUGAAACAAUUGGUUGAAAGCAAAGUUCUGCCCUUAUCGGCGAUUAGUGGAUUCCCCAAAUUUGAUCUUAUGCUAUUAGGUAUGGGGCCAGACGGACAUGUGGCUUCUUUGUUUCCUACACGUUCUCAACGCCAUGAGAAGGAGGGGUUGGUCACCUUCAUCACAGACUCACCAAAACCUCCUCCGCCAAGGAUUACUUUCACGUUUCCGGUAAUUAAUUCUGCUUCAGAGAUAGCAAUGGUGAUCACGGGAGCAGAGUUAGCCAAUAUUGUUGAUGUGGUUCUGGGAAGUGGACUUGCUGCUGAUGGGAUUCCUCCUCCUGCUACGGAAGUUUCAGCUGAAGAGGAGCUGACUUGGUUUUUAGACAAGGAUGCUGCAUCAAAACUAGAGACCUCGGAAUGAUUUUUUCACAUAUGUGAUACAUAAUAGCAGUAAUCCUAAUAGGUUUCGGACAUUACGUUUGGUGGCACUGAAAUGUGUUGCUUAAGGAUGGUCAUACGUCCUUUCUUUGUACUUCUUUCCUGAUAUUGCUUAUGUUUUCUAGUUUUUAACUUCUUCUUUGUACUUCUUUCCUGAGAUUGCUUAUGUACUUAGGUUGUCUUGUUUUUAUCUUCUUCUCUAGAAGUUGAGUUAUGUUAAUCUAUGAAGACUUGCAUAUUUAAUAAGGGAUUAUGAGGUCCAUGAUCCCCUAUGUUUUUGUUUAUAUCAGCUCAGAAUGUAACAUGUUGCAUUUAGUAUUGUA